CACAGACGUCUAUCAAUUCAGUCAAAUCAACAUUUUUCCCUUGGUGCGGUGCUCGUACUGCUACAAAAGACAUUCCGCGCCAGGCAACAGCGGGAUGUUUGACUGUCGAUUAAUGUUGCCUAGCCAUUUUUAGCAAAGUUGUAGAAGAGAAUCGAUUGCUCCCUGUUCUUGAACUAUGGCGUGCUAGUACAUCUAUCAGCUCAUUGAAUGUUUAUGGCGACAAAAUGGGUGAUUACAUCGAGAACGAUAUGUUUCGGCGAAGCGUCGAUGAAUCAGAUUCGGGCUCGGAUGGCGGAGAUGAAGAUACCGGUGGAAGAAAAGGUCCGAAGGAGCUAGACCAGAGCGCUGAAAAGCAACUGCAUGACGGUGAGCUGAUAAAAGUUACGCCGUUUUCAUUUGGCUUCGGAGGUGGGCCGCGACCGCCUGACAGCGUUGAUAAGAUUUUGGAUUUUCGGAAGGUUGUGAAUCCAAGUGUAGCGAGCCGGAAAGGUCGAACUGGCUCAGAAAAUCGCCUGAGAGAGGAAGUACGCAAAGCUCCUGGGACGGAAGCAUUCAUCGAGAAUUGUAUGGCGUUCUGGAACACGUUUUGGGGAAUCGAGAUUCUGGAACACGUUUUGGGGAAUCUUGCAAGGGAAAAAUCGAAGAAACCAGAGUCAGCUGAAGGACAAGAACAAGCGUGCGAAGAUCAGGCUGUGGAGUCCAAGCGCAUUCGUGUCGAUAUUGAAGUUCCCGCGCGAAGCCAUGACGCAAGUGAAGGUGCAAGGCGUACCACGCUGACACGUCAAGAGCCCUUGUCUUGCUCAAAAUCUACCUGUUAUCUUCGCUUUGCCUUUGGGUGUCACAAGGGAAAGCACCGGUCUGUGUCUGUAGUUGUGGAAAUUACGAAGAGGCUUCGCAGAAAAUUUAAAGAAUAUGGCGAAAAAUCUGCUAUCAUUUCAAUGGAAGACUUGGCACUAGAUUAAGACGCUGCUGGCAGAUGAAAGCGUGACUAUUUCCACUCGCACCGCACAGACACCAAUUUUUCGGCUCGUAGAGGAAGAAAGUCCACCCGAGAUGAUUACCAAGACCAUGGCCGCUCUCCGACGCCUCAUGAAAGGACGCUCCCCGGACUCGCCCCAAGCAUCUCCUGUGGCACUUGGUCGCUUCGCCCCUAAGCAGGAGGCCCUGCGAAGCAGGGAAACAUUUGUCCAGCGUGAAGGGCCUUAUCGUCUCAUGAUUCUCUCAUGGUUGAGGGAGACCUUGCAACAAGGCUCUUCGAAACGGUGAAGAUGCUAACUUCAAUGACAAAAUCGCGACGCGUACAACUAUGUUGUAGUUGUGCAAGGCCACUGUUCCGUGUGCUAAUGUUUGUGGAUUCAAAGUACCUCCUCCAAGGACCAGUCUUAUUGUUUUACUCUACGUUGUUAUUAAACGAAAAAUGCAAGAUCAACUCAAUGCGAAGUCGAUUAUAGGCAAAAUUAUCAU